AUGUCUGUAUCCACCCAAGAGCCAGCACCGACUCUCACCUGGAUGCUGUAUACACCGUUGACACUGCCAAUAUACAAAUGCACAUUACUACAUGAUUAAUUAGCACAGAAUGCUCAGUUUCUAUCAACAUAAGUAUCAUCAAAUGUAUCAAGAUCAAGCAGCUUAUCAUCCAGAAUGCUAGUUAACCAUGACCUACAUUGUGAUCACAAUGUCCAUAGUAGUAGCAGUACAACUUGCUGCCGUUUUCAGCAUGGCUUCGGCGACUCCGGCUCCGAGCAAUGCGACGGCGACGACCAGCCAUGGCCGGAACACGACGGCGCCGCCGCCGCCGUUCGGUGCCAACCACACCGUCGGCGAGGGCGCCGGCUGGUUCUUUGACGGCAAUGCGAAUGCUUCGGUCGCCAACUACUCCGCUUGGGCUGCCAACCGCACCUUCUACCUCGGCGACUACCUCAGUUUCAGCACCAACACGGAUAACACGGUGGUGCACACCACCAACGCCACCGUCUACAAGCUCUGCGGCGAUGGCGGCGCGGCGGCGGCGGCCGGAUGCAGCGGCGGCGGGUGGAAGACGGAGGAGGCGUUCUUGACGGUGAUGCUGACGGCGGAGGGCGCCAACUACUUCUUCUCCGACGCCGGGGGAGGCGAGCAUUGCCGGAAGGGGAUGCGGUUCGAGCUCGCCGUCGCGCGCGGCCGCGGCCUCCCGCCGGUGCCGGCGUCGUACUACGAGCCGCUCUCCGCCGCGCCGCCGGCAGCCGGCUGUUCGUCGUCCAUGGUGGUGGCGCUUGCUGCCGGUGUUGCCAUUGCUGCAAUACUUGUACUCUGAAGUCUGAAUUUACAGGUACAGAUUUUCGUGCAUAAGUAGAUUGUAGCCAAAGUUUACAAGAAUAAAAAAUGUGAAAUGCAUUCACAGAAUUCGUCAAGAUUGUUACCGCUAAG